AUGAGGAUGUCUGGAGCACUUCAGUUGCACACUGGUCUCCUAAAAAGCCAAGAGGAACGAGAAGCGGUUGCUGCCUACAAGAAAAUCAUCGGGGGAAAAGAGGCCAGGCCCCAUUCCCACCCUUAUAUGGCUUACCUUCAGAUCCGAACUCCAAAUAGUAUAAGCACUUGUGGGGGAUUCCUGGUCCGAGAAGACUUCGUGCUGACAGCAGCUCACUGCUUUGGAAGCUCCAUAAACGUCAUCUUGGGGGCUCAUGAUGUUCAGAGGCCGGAAAGUACCCAGCUGCACAUCCCUGUGCUCAGAGCCAUCCCCCACCCUCAGUAUAAUCCACAGACCAACAUCAAUGACAUCAUGUUGCUGCAGCUUAGAAAUAGAACCAGAAGAAAUCAAGCCAUACGGCCCGUGGCUAUGCCUCAGCGCCAGGCAGGGCUGAGGCCAGGCACCUUGUGCACUGCAGCUGGCUGGGGCCUGAUCAGCUUAAACAGGAGAACAAGCAUCCUUCAGGACGUCCAGCUGAUGGUGCAGGGAGACCAGACAUGCCGUGUUCGCUUCAAUGCUUACAACAGCCAAAUGCAGAUUUGUGUGGGAGACCCAAAUAUAAGGAAGUCUGUUUUCCUGGGGGAUUCUGGGGGGCCCCUCGUAUGCAACAACGUGGCUCAUGGUGUCGUCUCUUAUGGAGAUGGAAGAGGGAUCCCUCCAGCAGUCUUCACCAGGAUUUCCAGCUACUUGCCCUGGAUAAAGGAAACAAUGAGACGUUUCACUCAGCAAGGAGCCUCUUCCUGA